AACCAAAGAAUAGACGGCCAGGAUUCGUUGCCCUAAGUUUUAGGGUUCUUCGGCGCCGGAGGCUAGAGCGAGGAGGAGGCGAGGCGGGGCGCGUCGCGAAUCAUGGGUAUCUCGCGCGAUUCGCUUCACAAGAGGAGGGCCACCGGUGGGAAGAAGAAGGCAUGGAGGAAGAAGAGGAAAUACGAGCUCGGGAGGCAGCCGGCAAUGACCAAACUGGCGGCCAAGACCGUCCGCCGCAUUCGCGUUCGCGGUGGCAACUUUAAGCUCCGCGCGCUGAGGCUCGACGCCGGGAACUACUCGUGGGGGACCGAGGCGGUGGCGCGCAAGACGAGGAUCCUGGAGGUGGUGUACAACGCCUCCAACAACGAGCUCGUCCGGACCCAGACGCUGGUGAAGAGCGCCAUCGUCCAGGUGGACGCGACGCCUUUCCGCGCCUGGUACAACCAGCACUACGGCGUGGAUCUCUCGCGCAAGAAGAAGCCUUCGGCCGUGAAGAAGGAGAAGGAAGGCGAGGAAGCUACAACUGAAGCCGGCCCGGCCGCCGAGGAAGAGAAGCCCAAGAGCAAGCACACCCUGCGAAAGCUUGCCAAUAGAGCGGAGGGGCACAAGCUCGACCCACACAUCGAGGAGCAAAUGGCGAGUGGAAGGCUGCUGGCUUGCAUCGCGUCCCGUCCUGGGCAGUGCGGACGCGCGGACGGGUACAUUCUGGAAGGUAAGGAGCUCGAGUUUUACAUGAAGAAGAUUCAGAAGAAAAAGGGGAAGAGCGCUUCCUAGGCUGUGUCACUCACUGGUAGUGCUGCUACUCACCCUUCGCUCCGGCAGAGUAUGGUCAAAGCUCUUGUUUUUUGGGAAAUUUAAAAAGACAACUCUUUUGCUUCA